ACUCUACUUUACGAGUUUCUGAAGGCAGCCAUGUGAGUCGAAAAGUAAUCUCGCUUUUCAAUUAUUUUUUACUACACCAUUUUCCUCUUGUGAACGAAAAUUCAUAAAAGAUAAAAGAAAAAAUGGAGUUUAUGCAUAAUGACGAUGUGCCAUUUGAUAGCCAAAAGAUCGAAACAGUACAACAGAGUAUUGUAAAAAGUAUAAAUUCUCGGUUAAAUCAAGCACGAUCCGAUGGUUUACUUCUGCUGGAUAGACUUCUGCCUUGUUCUAAGGACACAUUAUCAAAAUAUGGUUUAUUCUGGAUAACUAAUGCCAUUAAAGUAGUGGAAAACAUACAUAGUAAUAUACAAGAUUUAACACUGGCAUGCAAAGUAUUAGGUCCUCUAAUUGAACAUUGUAAGAAUAUCCCAGAAUUACAUAAACAGAUUUCCACACGAAUUAUUAAACAGAUUAUAAAUGCACUUAGUGCUUUACGAACAAAUGCAAAAUGUGGAGCGGUGUAUUACUUAAUAGCUGUUUUGCUAUAUCAUUAUCCUGAAGUUUGCGAACGGUUUCAGGAAUUGAUAAAAAAAAUGAUAUUACUACAAAUUGAUUCAACUGAUGACAAUUUGGUUAAUGCAAGUGCAAAAUGCUAUGUUCUUUUUUCUAAAGCAACAGAGCGUUCAUUUAAAUCAACAGAAGCUACACCUAUGUAUACCAGAUUAAUAUAUAACGAAAUGUUGCUUUGUAAUAAUUUAAAUGCUAUAAUGGAUCAAUUAUUCCGUGAAUUAAUAGAGCUGAAAAAGAAAGAUACAAAAAAGGAUCUAUUAGAAUUACCAUAUAUAACUGAUAGGGAGUAUAACAAACAGGAACAAAGAUUUUCAAAUUUGUGUAUAUAUCUCUCCUCAAUGUUACGUGGAUAUGAAGCAAGAAAUUCAGUUUUGCCUCAGAAUAUUUUACAGGUUUUAAGUCGGGGAUUAAUGAUUACACCAUUAAAUUUGAAGACUAAAACUUCUGACGAACGGAUGCUAUACAUAAUCUUGCCAAAAUUACAUAUUAGUUUGCUCACAGUUUUAGAUGCACUGAUAAAUGGAUUUGCACAGGAGUUGGUACCAUUUGGAAUAACAAUAUUAGAGUUAUUCCAAACAGUAUUACAAUGGACAAAUACUGAUUUUAAAAAUCAAAUAACAUUUAGCAAUAGUAAACCUUUCAGAAGUGUAAAAAUACAGGCUUACAAAUGUCUCUGUUCAUGGCUGAUGAAUACUAGUUCAUUGUCGGGUAUAGAGACAAUCGCAAACGAAUGUAUUAAUUCUAUAUUGAAGGAUAUAAUACCAGAACGAGAUCGUAUAUUAUUAACUAUGCACCAAAAAACGCCACAAUUAUCUAAACGGGCUAUAAAACGUUUUAAACAAAGUCAAUAUGAAAAUAGCACAGUUUUGAAUAAUGAAAAAGAUUCUAUUAAAAGUGGACAUUUAGACCCAGAUUUGUGCAAAGAGGCUCUUAUUACUUUGUAUAAUAUACUUUCCAGUGGUACAAUAUUAUUAAAAGAAACGUUUUACAAGAACGUUCUAAAUACUGUGAUACCUUUAUUAUACAACCUUUAUUUAAAUUCUUUUGAACAAAGCUUUUAUAAAGAAAACCACAAAUGUCGCUUGGAACUAUUCAAAGUCUUAAAAGCUUUGCUAAUGUAUCCACAUAUUACGUUAGGAUUUCCAAUACAAUAUUGUCUAGAAAUAUCACAUAUGGCAGCUUAUGAUAUUGAUAUAAACAUCAUUCAAGAAGCAAAACUUGCAUUAGCUGAAUUAGAAAAAAUUAUACAUCCUGCUGCACCUACAUUACAAUUACCUCGACAACAGGAACCUGAUAAUGAAUUUGUUUCUGAAAAUCAAACAGAAGAAGUUGCUAUUACUAGCAAGUCAGACAAAGGAAGUUGGGUUGAAGAAGAUAUUUCAGAAAAUGUUUUUGAAAGUCAAGCAGAAGAAGUUGCUACUACUAGCAAGUCAGACAAAAGAAGUUGGGUUGAAGAAGAUAUUUCAGAAAAUGUUUCUGAAAGUCAAGCAGAAGAAGUUGCUAUUACUAGCAAGUCAGACAAAAGAAGUUGGACUGAAGAAGAUCUUUCAGAAAAUGAUGUAACGUUAUCUGUACAUAAACGACCAAAAAUAAUUGCGUCAGAAAUAAUACAGAAUGGAAAUAAUAUCAAAUUAAUAAAGAAAAAGAGCACAUUAAAUAUAGAUAAAUUUGAGACAGAGAAGAAUUCAUAUAAAAACAUUAGCAAAUUAAAUAAAAAUGAUAAAAUUGAAGAAGAGCUUCCUAAAUUGAAGAAUUCAUGUAAAAACAUUAGCAAAUUAAAUAAAAAUGAUAAAAUUGAAGAAAAGCUUCCUAAUGAUACAGAUAUAGCAUCAUUUAUAUGUGAACAGCCAAAAAUAGUUACUUCAAGAUGUACUGAAAUAAUUCCAAGUAAAAAUACAAUAGAAUCAAUAGAAAUAGUUCCGAGUGAAAAUACUAUAAAACUAAUAGAAACAAAUAAUAGUAUAAUGGAUAUAGAUAAAACUCAAGAAGAUGAGAAUUUAUGUGAAAAAGAAGAAACUGGAAAUAUAUUACAAGAAGAAUGUGAAAUAUACUAUAAUAAAGAAAAAAAUCAGCAUAAUAUUGAUAAAAUCAUAAAUUCCACAACUGAAAAUAAAGUAGAAUGUGAAUACAUUACACAUGUUAACACAGAAGAAAAGAAACAACUCAAAGAAAAUUUAAUAUCAUGUACAAAUGAACCGGAUAAAAAAGUAGAAGAUAUUUUUCUUCAGAAAUUUUCUGAAUUUGAUGAAGAAAUACAUAUGGCGAUGAAUGAAAAGUCAAGAACAAAAAGUGAAGAAGAAUUGGUCAAUGCACAGGAUAUACAAUCAUUGCAAGAAGAAGAAAUAAAUUGGCAGACAGAUUAAUAUAUAUUUUUUUAUUUGAUACAUUUAUACAAUAAAAAGAUAUGUGUAUAAACUAAAAGAAGUUGAACAAAUUUAACCAGCGAAUGGUAUUGAUGGUAUAGGUACCUUUGGUAAUAAUCUGCCAUUUGUUUUACGUUGUACAGUAUUCUCUUUAUUUGGUUCUUUAAUAUUUUGAUUGGUCGAUUGAUUCGCGAUGUUAAGGCCAGAUUUAAGAUCAGGAACAAAUUCAUUUAUUGUAUUAAUAGGUUCUUGAAUUACAGAUAUUGUUCCUGUGGUACCUUGUUCUAUUAAUUGUAAAGGAGCUUUAUAUAAACUACACAUUGGUGAUUGCAAUCGUUCUGGCACAGCGGUCCAUAAUCCCAUUUCGCAGUAUCUAGAACAUUAAUAGCAAACGGCACGGUUUAAUGUACCAGCAUGAAUAUGUAAUUCGUAAGUUUUUCGCAGCGUUACCUAAAAUUAUUCAUGCUUUUCGGAUCCGUCGUGAUACUAAUGAAAGAAUUUGUUUUAUCUGAGAAAUUUGGAAUUAUAUCCG